AUAUCCUUCUUCCAUCCCCUAUACGUAUUUAUACUAUCAUUUAUCAUGGCAAUCUUUCAAUCCAUAGCUUUGCUCAGCACCCUUGCGGCUUCAGUCCACGCUGGUUUCAACACAGGGAGCAAAUCCAAUGUAGUUGUUUACUGGGGCCAGAACUCCGCUGGUCAACAGAGCACACAAACACGCCUAGCGGAUUAUUGUAACGACUCUAAUAUUGAUGUUCUCCUACUCUCUUUCCUGCUCCGCUUCAACGGUGCGGGCGGCCAGCCAGUACUGAACUUUGCAAAUCAGGGGGACAAAUGCAGCGUCUUCCCGGGAACUGAAACGUUCUCAUGCCCGGAAAUAGAAGCCGACAUCAAGACUUGCCAAGGAAAGGGAAAGACAAUAAUGCUUUCCCUUGGAGGCGAUAGUUACAAUGAAGGUGGUUAUACCAGCGCAGCUGCCGCAACAGCCGGUGCAGAGAAACUUUGGGCCCAGUUCGGUCCCGUUCAAUCUGGCUCUAGUGUACGUACAAAGACAUCUCUUUUCAGAAACUCACUCCCGAUUCACUUAGCCCUCCGCCCCUUCGGCACCGCCGUCCUUGACGGCUUCGACUUCGACUUUGAAGCCAACGUUGCCAACAUGGCGACCUUUGGCAACCGCCUCCGCUCCCUCUACUCCACCUCGACGUCCAAGAAGUACUUCCUCAGCGCCGCGCCCCAAUGCCCCUACCCUGACGCCUACAACCGCGACAUCCUCGACAACGUGCCCCUCGACUUCAUCAACGUCCAAUUCUACAACAACUACUGCGGCGUCAACUCGUACGUCCCCGGAGCGACCGAUCAGUGGAACUUCAACUUCGCGCAGUGGGAUACGUUUGCGCGCGCGAGCAAGAACCCCGCGGUGAAGAUUCUGUUGGGGGUGCCGGCGGCGCAGAGAGCGGCUGGGAGUGGGUAUUUGAGUCCUAGUCAGUUGGCGCCUGUUAUUCAGUAUAGUGGGCGCUUUGCCAGUUUUGGCGGUGUCAUGAUGUGGGAUGCUUCGCAGGCGUUUACCAACUCUGGGUUUUUGAGUGCGGUCAAGAGUUCGUUGACGAGCUUGAGGAAGAGGAGCAUGAAGUGGGGUGUGAGGGCGGCCGAGGAGUAGAGUCGCU